GUCUUCAAUUCCGCGAUCUGACUGUUAACGAUAACAGUGUCUGCCUUCGUCUUCUUCCCCUCUCCUCCAUAUACUCAUCUGCUCCAAGAUUCUGACUUUCUUCCGGAAACAAUGUCUCCUUUCUCGGGAAAGGAACAGAGGAAGAAGGCGGACCUAGCCGCGGUGCUGCGCAAGUCGUGGUAUCAUUUAAGGUUGUCGGUGCGACAUCCAGAAAGGGUUCCGACAUGGGACGCCAUCGUUCUUACGGCAGCUAGUCCCGAACAGGCUGAGCUUUACGAGUGGCAGCUCCGCCGGGCGAAGCGGAUGGGUCGGAUCGCCAGCUUCACCGUCACUCUCGCCGUCCCUGAUCCAGACGGGAAACGGAUCGGCUCCGGCGCCGCCACUCUCAACGCCAUUCACGCUCUUGCUCGGCAUUACGAGAAUCUAGGAUUCGAUUCUGGCCCCGAGGUUGAAAUCUCAAACGGUAGAAGUAAUGGGUCCUCUGUUCCGGAUGAGAAAAUGUCUCGAGAGGACUCUUGGGUUCGGUUCCUGUCCCAAAAGCAUAUACUGAUGCUUCAUGCCGGAGGUGACUCCAAAAGGGUGCCUUGGGCUAAUCCAAUGGGCAAAGUCUUCCUGCCACUUCCGUAUCUGGCAGCUGAUGAUCCUGAUGGACCUGUUCCUCUCCUUUUUGAUCAUAUCCUCGCAAUUGCUUCAUGUGCAAGACAGGCUUUCAGAGAUGAAGGUGGGUUAUUCAUUAUGACUGGAGACGUUCUUCCAUGUUUCGAUGCAUUCAAAAUGAUUCUCCCAGAAGAUGCAGCAGCAAUUGUUACUGUACCUAUCACCCUUGAUAUUGCUUCCAAUCAUGGUGUCAUUGUGGCAUCUAAAUCUGAGUCCCUUCCGGAAACCUCUACAGUUAGUCUGGUAAACGAUCUGCUGCAGAAACCGACGGUAGAGGAUCUUUCUAAGAAAGACGCAAUUCUACAUGAUGGUAGGACGCUGCUUGACACCGGGAUAAUUGCUGCCAGGGGCAAAGCAUGGUUGGACCUGGUCACUCUUGGGUGCUCAUGCGAACCACUGAUCUCAGAGCUUUUGCUCGAUAAAAAGGAGAUGAGUUUGUAUGAAGAUUUGGUAGCUGCUUGGGUUCCAACAAGGCAUGAUUGGUUGCAGACUCGGCCUGUGGGUGAACGUCUUGUAAGCAGACUGGGAAAGCAGAAGAUGUACAGCUAUUGUGCCUAUGAUUUGCGUUUUUUGCAUUUUGGAACAUCGAGUGAAGUUCUGGAUCACUUAAGUGGAGCUGCCUCAGGAAUUGUUGGUCGAAGACACUUAUGUUCCAUCCCUGCAACCACUGUUUCCGAUAUUGCAGCCUCUUCUGUUAUUUUGUCUAGCAAAAUUGCACCUGGUGUCUCCAUUGGCGAAGAUUCUCUUAUAUAUGAUUCAUCGAUUUCUGGUGCAAUACAAAUCGGUUCUCAAUCCAUAGUUGUUGGCAUUCACAUCCCUUGCGAAGGUCUUGGAACUCCAGAAUGUUUGUUCAGAUUCUUGCUUCCAGAUAGGCAUUGUCUUUGGGAGGUUCCAUUAAUGGGGCAUAAAGAUAGAGUGAUAGUGUACUGUGGUCUCCAUGAUAACCCGAAGAAUACGAUUCAUAAAGAUGGAACCUUUUGCGGUAAACCAUGGGAAAAGGUUCUGUCUGAUCUCGGCAUUGAAGAAAGUGACCUCUGGAACUCAUGUGGUACACAAGACAAAUGCUUGUGGAAUGCAAAAUUGUACCCAACCCUAACCUACAAUGAAAUGCUGAAGUUAGCUAUGUGGUUGAUGGGUUUGGAUGAUUAUAAAAACAAUGAGUUGCUUACGUUGUGGAGAAGCUCGGAACGUGUGAGCUUAGAGGAAUUGCACAGGUCGAUCAACUUUCCAGAGAUGUGUAAUGGUUCUAGCAAUCAUCAAGCUGAUCUCACUGCUGGAAUCGCUCAAGCAUGUAUGAGCUAUGGCAUGCUUGGGCGCAACUUGUCUCAGCUCUGCCAUGAGAUUUUACAGAAAGAUUUGUCAGGAUUGGAAAUAUGCAAGGGUUUUUUAGAUCAGUGUCCCAAAUUUCAGGAGCAAAAUUCCAAAAUUCUUCCCAAGAGCCGGGCAUAUCAGGUACAAGUUGAUCUUCUCCGUGCGUGUGGGGAUGAAGCAAAGGCUUGCGAGUUGGAACAUAAAGUCUGGGCAGCAGUGGCAGAAGAAACUGCUUCUGCAGUGAGAUACGGAUUCAGAGAGCAUUUCUUGGAGUCAAGAGAGAAGCCUCUUUCUGUGAAUCCGACAAUUGUCCAUCUUUCUUCUCGUCUGGAUAAUCUGUUCCAACCAAGAAGGAUGAAGGUCGAACUGCCAGUUCGAUUAGAUUUUGUUGGGGGUUGGAGUGAUACACCUCCAUGGAGUUUAGAGCGUGCCGGUUGCGUCCUGAACAUGGCAAUAACCCUUGAGGGUUCACUUCCCAUUGGUACAACCAUUGAGACAACAAAACAGAGUGGAAUCUCGAUCAAUGAUGAUGCUGGAAACAAAAUAUAUAUCGAAGAUCCAACUAGAAUCUCUGCACCCUUUGAGGGCAGUGAUCCAUUCAGGCUUGUUAAAUCUGCUCUACUGGUAACGGGUAUUAUUAAUGAAAACUUUGUCCAAUCUAGAGGCUUAGAGAUCAAGACAUGGGCCAAUGUUCCGCGUGGUAGUGGCCUAGGAACAUCGAGCAUUUUAGCUGCUGCUGUUGUGAAGGGUCUUCUCCAGAUAUCUGGUGGAGAUGAAAGCAAUGAAAAUGUUGCAAGGCUUGUCUUGGUUUUGGAGCAGCUCAUGGGAACAGGGGGUGGCUGGCAGGAUCAGAUCGGUGGAUUGUACCCUGGAAUCAAAUUCACUUCAAGUUUUCCUGGGAUUCCUCUGCGUCUUCAGGUCGUCCCUUUGCUUGCUUCUACCGAGCUAGUCUCAGAGGUAGAGCAGCGACUGCUAGUUGUUUUCACCCGGCANGUCAGGCUUGCACACCAAGUCCUGCAAAAGGUUGUAAGAAGGUAUCUGCAGCGUGAUAACCUUAUGGUCUCGAGCAUAAAGCGUUUGGCUGAGCUGGCGAGAGCGGGAAGAGAGGCUCUGAUGAACUGUGAGGUGGACGAACUGGGGAACAUAAUGUCAGAAGCCUGGAGAUUGCAUCAGGAGCUCGACCCUUACUGCAGCAACGAGUUUGUGGACAAGCUCUUCGCUUUCUCACAACCCUUCUGCUCUGGUUUCAAGCUCGUAGGAGCUGGCGGUGGAGGAUUCGCCCUUCUACUCGCCAAGAAUGCUGAGAAGGCAAAAGGAUUAAGACAGAAACUGGAAGAACAUCCUCAGUUUGAUGUCAGAGUGUACAACUGGAGUAUCUGUCUCAAGUGCUGAUCCCACUACCUGAUGUGCAAAGAUAGUGAGAUUCUCAAGGCAAUAUGCACAUCUGCGCAUGGCUGCCCCUGUUUUCAGGUAUUGCUUCCAUGGAUGCCAGAAGUUGAAGCUUCCAUGACCCGGUUCCCAUCUAGCGAGAUUCGCCUGAAAGAUCACAAAACGAAAAGCUUUAUAUAAGCGCCUGAAGAUCAACAAGGUCACAUUUUUUCCCCUCAACUAAAAUGGUUGAAAGUUACCAUGGAUUCUUCAGGUCCCUUAGAGUUGAGCACGCAUUUAAACCCUAGCAUUUUUUUGUUUGUUUCUUCUUCACCUUCUUUCUGAGUUAAAGCUUCUUUCUCCUUGAAGAACUCUGCAACACAUCCUGCGAUUCCAGAGACACCAUUGUUAUCAAGAAUCUUUCCUUAAAAGCUCACCUUUUUUUUUUUGAGAAUCCAUACCGUCCAGGGAAUGGGCGAGUUUUUCCAGGUUAUGCUGGAGGAGACGGUGAAGCUGAACUCCUGCCCAAACGGGACAGAAGAAGAUGCUUAUGACAAUGCAGAUCGAUGUUCCAAUGGCGAUGGUGGACACUCUCUGCUGAGCCAACGCAACGAGUUUAUCAACCCGAUAACCCGACACUGAGACCAGGCUGAAUGUCAGGAUGAAGAUCAUGGCGCCAUAGUCAAACCUUGCUUUGAACGAUGGCACGAACCGGGAGAAGGUAGCCAUGGAAGCUGCGCAACAAGAACACACCCAAGCAAAAAACAACGAUCAACAAAAAAAACCCUUUUGGUUACUUCCUCAAGAUCCAUUGAUUUGGGAUUUCCUUGGUCAUACCAAAGAGAAAAACCGAGCAAGCGAUGACCAGUGGCUCCCCCCCU